CAGCAGCGAAACAGGUCAUCAGUGUUCUCAGCUGUUCCAGACCAUGCUGGCGGCGUUAACCCUGUCCUGCCUCAGCGUCCUGCUGAGGCCGUCUGACCUUUGCCCUCUGCCCUGUCAAUGCUCCAGCGGUUCCAGCGACGUCGAGUGUCAGGGUAAAGGACUGGACCGGAUCCCCGAUCUGCCAGAGGGCACCCAGAAGCUGUACGCAUCGUACAACAACAUCCAGCAGAUACCAAGUCAGGGGAUGGAGCGUCUACAGGUUCUGGACUUGACUAAGAAUAACCUCAGUCUCUUCUUAUCGUCCAAACCGUUACCGAACAUGACUGAACUCACUAGGCUCCUCCUACGCAACAAUGGCCUCCAGUCUCUACACCCGGGUCAGUUCCGAUCCUGUCCCCAUCUCAUUUUACUGGACCUGAGCGAGAACCACAUCGAACACCUGCCAACCGGAUUCCUCAGUGGACUAGCUAAUCUGAAGAUGCUGUUUCUGAACUUUAACCAGGUUCAGAGGUUGACGGUUGGUGGAUUAAAAGGAGCUUUGAUGUUGAAAGACCUUUACCUCAGCCAUAAUAAUAUAACAGAGAUAGAGGACGGUGUGUUUGAUGGAAGCACCGCCUUAGAAAAACUGGAUCUGUCCCAAAACAAGAUGAUGAGUGUCGGUGGGUCGAGUUUUAGAGGAGCACUGGGCCUAAAAGAGCUCAACCUGAAUGGAAACCUGAUGGUGGUGUUUCCAGCUGAGGCAUUCAGGGAUGUGAACCAGCUGAGGAGGUUGUAUCUGCAGAGGAACAGCCUCCACAGCCUUCCAGACAACUGCCUCUCCUCCAUGAAGCUUCUGGACCAUCUAGACCUGCAGAACAACCAGCUGAAGGUUCUGUCUGAAGGUUCGCUGAGAGGCCUGACCUCGCUCCGAGAGCUGGAUCUGAGUUACAACCUCAUAGAGUCGCUUCCCUCGAAGAUCUUCAACGGCCUGGCCAGCCUCGAGUUCCUUGAAUUGUACAAGAACAAGCUGAGAUCUUUACCUCCAGACGUGUUCAGGGACUUGACCAAUCUGAAGGAGCUGGACCUGGACAGUAACCAGAUCUCUGAGGUACCGGCUGGGGUAUUCGACUCACUGUCCCGGCUCAAUGAGCUGCAACUGUCGGCCAACCGCAUCCAGGAGCUCCAUCCAGGCCUGUUCAUCGAGCUCAGGUCACUGCAGAACCUGGACCUGGACAGAAACAAUCUGACCCACCUCCCAAAAGGACUUCUGGACCAGAUGAAGGACCUGAAGAAGCUACACCUCAACCACAACCGCAUUGAGUCUCUUCAUCCGUCUUCACUCCACGGCUUGAGGGGGCUUCGUUCUCUGGGUCUGUCCAGCAACCGCCUCUGGUCUCUACAUUCAGACCAGUUCAAAGACCUCAUCAGUCUGAAAGAGUUGAAACUGGAUGGAAACCACCUGAGCCAACUUCCCACGGGUCUGUUCAAGGACCUACAGGUGCUAACGAUGCUACAUUUACACAACAACCACCUGUCGCAGCUGUCGGGGGAUGACUUUUUGGAGCUGACCCGCCUUAAGGAGCUCAACCUCAGCUUCAACCGGCUCCUCCACAUCCCACCCAUGACCUUCCACGCCGUCGGUCACCUCCGCAGACUCACACUGAAGAACAACAACCUACAAAGUUUACACCAUAAGAUCUUCGCCUGGCUGUCGAACCUAACGGAACUCAACGUGGAGGGGAACCAACUGGAUCACCUCCCACCUGACGUCUUCCGAGGCCUCACCAAACUCCAGAAGCUGAAUUUAACGUCCAACCGGCUCCGGACAAUUCAGGACGGGACCCUGGAGCCUUUGAGGAGCCUCGGUGUGGUUUAUCUGUCAGGAAAUGCGUGGGAUUGCAGCUGUACUCGUAUCCUGUACAUCAGCCGCUGGGUCCACAGCCACAGGAACCAGCUCGGGGACCGUCCCGUUUGCUCCGCCUCCUCAUCGUCACCAUUAGACAAGGAAAUGCCGCUGUCUCAGCCGGCUCGGUCUCCUCUGUUGUUACCUGAUCACUGUACCUCAAGGGCAGCAGGAAGCUACUCGCCAUCAUUUCUUCUGAGACUGAGCGUGCUCACAGUGCUGCUCACCGCCACCAGCCCACUGUGACAUCCUCUGAAGUGGUUUUGUUUCAUCUAACCCUUCACAUCCACUUUUCAUUUUCAUUUUUUCAACCAAGGCAUGAACAGAGGUAGGAUGGAACUGAAGGAGACUUUUCAUUUAUCUGAACAUGACCUGAAAACAUACGGCCGGUGGGCCAAAACCGGCCUGCCGAAAGGUCCAAUCUGGCCCAUGGAUGAAUUUGUGAAAAAAUAGGACCAGUGGCCCUGUAGCUUACCGGUAAAAAGA